AGCGACCGUCAGUGAGCAGAAACUGAUCGCGUUUAUAUAAAACAAGGAAAACAGCAGGUUAAUGACCCGGUUUAACCCACCUCUAUGACUGCUCCAGAAGAUGAGAGUGUUUCCUGGUGGCUAAUAGGCCCCGUGUCGGAGCUGUCCAAGAAACAAUGCCGAUUGUUGUAUUCAUCUGACGGACGCGACGCGGAUGUUUGUCUGUUUUAUGUCAGCGGCGACUUCUUCGCGAUGGACGCUCGAUGCGCUCAUUCGGGAGGUCCACUUUGUGAUGGAGAUAUUGAGGAGGCCGAUGGAGUUCUUCAGGUUUUUUGUCCUUGGCAUGACUAUGACUUCAAUCUCAAAACAGGGAAAUCAAGCACAGGCUUACAGCAACGAGUUUAUGAAGUGAAAUUGGAUGACGGCAACGUAUAUGUCAAGCACCAAAGCGAGCUCUCUUUACAACCUUUCAGCCAGGUCAAGGAGACCUGAAGUUCUUGGUUACUGCAAUGUUUAGUUCUUUUGAACUAAACCAUCUGUUUGGAUCUCAUUUUUGCAGUGUACAUUUGAAAAUGAAGCAGUAUUUUGUUAAAUAAUUAUUCCCGAUUGGGGCAGUUGUUAAGGUUUGUGACAAUUUGUGUACAUAUACGCUACAAAUGAAAGAAUAAAUAUACUUUAAUGUUGUGUUACACGUUACACUACAGUGAACACAGGUUUUGACAUUUACUAUUUAUUUGAAUUAUGAAAGUUUUUAGACUGAAGUCAGCAUUCAUAUGCAAGAUUUAGUAAACUCAGGGAAGCAAGGUCAUAGACAGUUCAUUUAAUGUUGUUUUUCAGCAACUUAAUUAGUUGAUUCAUAAUCAUUAAUUCUCCAGAGAUGUUAAUGUUUCUCUCAAGGGUCAUAAUAAAUGUUUACGGUUGAAAGUUACUGUUUAAUUGUACUCUUCUGGCCACUCUUGAGUAUAAGGUAGAAAUGACAUUCACUGUAGGGAAAGAAUCAAGUGAGUUCUGAGAAUCCUGUUAAUUAAUUGGACUCAAGGUAAAAUCCUAGUUUUUGAGGUUACUUCUCUUAAGAAGAAAAAUGUCCCGUGCAUUCUUACUACAAAAUAAUAACUUUUCUUAUUUUGAGAUUGUCCUACUGUUGAAAUUUUUUGUUCUUUUUAAAAUAUUUCUCAAAUGGUGUUUAACAGAGCAAGGAAAUUUUCACAGUAUGUCUGAUAAUAUUUUUUCUUCUGGAGAAAGUCUUAUUUGUUUUAUUUCGGCCAGAAUGAAAGCAGUUUUUAAUUUUUUAAAAAUCAUUUUAGGGUCAAAUUUAUUAGCCCCUUUAAGCCUUUUUUUUUUUCAAUAGUCAAACCAUCAUUAUACAAUAACUUGCCUAAUUACCCUAACCUGCCUAGUUAACCUAAUUAACCUAGUUAAGCUUUAAAUGUCACUUUAAGCUGUAUAAAAGUGUCUUGAAAAAUAUCUAGUCAAAUAUUAUGUACUGUCAUCGUUGCAAAGUUAAAGUAAGAAAUGAGUUAUCAAAACAAUUAUGUUUAGAAAUGUUGAAAAAAUCUGCUCUCCGUUAAACAGAAAAUUAG